CACACUCGAGUCUACAUUCUUGUUUGUAAGUCUAACGUAGAGUUGUUGUCUUCUUGUGAUAACAUUCACAUCACGGUUUAAACAGUGGUUGCUGCGUUGUUGUCGUGCUCAUGGUGAUGAGUGUCACCACAUUGGUGUUUAUCACGCUCUACCAUAUCAAGUACCACCAUAUCAAGUACCACCAUAUCAAGUGCUACCACUGAAGUCUUGCCUUACAACAGCUAAGUGAUGGGGAAUCUUGAAGCGAGGCUUCACGCUAUCGUACCGCUGCCGAUUUUUCACACCGCCCCGCGCACAAGAAUUCUUAUUUUAGGAUUAGACGGAGCUGGGAAAACAAGUUUAUUGUAUAAGGCCAAACAAUGUGAAAAUCUAAACCACAUCUCCACCCUUGGUUUUAACGUGGAAAAUGUCCAACCGUCCAAAGGAGUUACAUUCACUGUGUGGGAUGUAGGUGGCCAGGAAAAACUUCGACCAUUUUGGAAAAAUUACUACGAAAACACAGACGGACUUUUCUUUGUAGUAGACAGCACCGAUGUCAAGAGACUGACGGAAGCAUCCGAGGCGCUGGAUCAAAUCCUACUGGCUCCACAACUUCACGGUGUGCCGCUGGUCGUGGUGGCUAAUAAACAGGAUCUAACCGGUGCCUUGACCAUUGGUCAGGUCGCUGAGAAGCUUGACCUGUCCAAGGUCAAUGACCGCCUGUGGCACCUGAUUGGCGUGUCGGCGAAGAGCGGAGAGGGGGUGUUCGAGAUGAUGAAACAGAUGAAUCGAUUGGUCAAGACACGGGGUAGAGGAUGAAACAGAUGAAUCGAUUGGUCAAGACACUGGUAGAUUUUAAAACAGAUGAAACUAUUGGUCAAAACACUGGGUAGAUGAUGAAACGGAUGAAGCGAUUGGUCAAGACACGGGGUAGAGGAUGAAACGGAUGAAACGAUUGGUCAAGACACUGAGUAGAUGAAGAAACGAUUGGUCAAGACGCUGGGUAGAUGAUGAAACGGAUGAAACGAUUGGUCCAAACACGGGUUAGAAUUCAACGACGACGUGAUGUAGCUAGGAUUUGUGAAUGAGAUAACUGCCCCGCGGGUGUAUUAAUUUUCUAGAAACAAACCUUCAGCGGCGUAUCAUCCUAGACCCCAUCCAGUAUACUCAAGGCGCCCAGCGAAAUGUACUGAGAAGACAAUGCUUUGUCAAAUUGAUUCAAUUACCAACCAGUUAAGAUUGAUAUCAAUCAUCAAGUAGGCGGGGAGCGUAACAUUAACACGAAAAACGAAAUCUGAAAUAGGAAACAGCUAAAAUACACCAAUAAGUAUGACAAGUUAUCCAAGAGGUGGGGAACACCCAGAUUUUCACCCGAUCUAGUUAUGCUAAAGUACACAAUGUUCCGCUUCCUACCAUAUUACGUUGUUCAACUCUGGUUAAUAUAGUUUAAUAAGUUUGGGUGUUUAGUGUUUAGGUUUAUUAUGAGUUGUGAUAGGGCGUAUGGUUUUUUAAAUUUGAUUUCAGUUGUGUAUACCAGCAAGGCAACAGACAGGCUACUGGAGCGGAUCAUGAGGUCUACAAAAUGUAUGCUAGGGGGAGAGUUAUAUAAAGGGGUGCUAGUGUUAUAUAUAAACGACUGCUGGUCAGCUAGGGUUAUGGAUUGAUAUGGGGGUGUUUUAUAUAAAGGAGUGCUGGUCAGAUAGUGUUAUGUAUGGUGUGGUGUUAUAUACAAAUGACUGUUGGUCACCUAGUGUUACGUAUGGUAUGGGUGUUAUAUAUAGAGGUCAGCUAGUGUUAUGUAUGGUGUGGGUGUUAUAUGUAAAGGUAAGCUAGUGUUAAACGAUGUAAAGCAGCGAUUAUGAUAUGAGAGAUGAAGUCAACUUUGACCAUGGAUCACGUGUUGGAUGUUGACUGUAUCCACGUUAGUUAAUAGCUACCUAAUGGAUGGUGACUGUAUCCACGUUAGUCAAUAGCUACUUGAUGGAUGGUGACUGUAUCCACGUUAGUCAAUAGCUACUUGAUGGAUGGUGACUGUAUCCACGUUAGUCAAUAGCUACUUGAUGGAUGGUGACUAUCCGCAUUAGUCAAUAGCUACCACUGUUGUGUUGUUAACCUUAUAGACCACCAUUUAGUAUGUAAUGAAACAAUUGUUCAAUACAUAUGUCAAUGUUAUUUCAAAUGUCUACUUAUUAUUGUUACAGGUUAUUACCAAUAUAAUAUUAAAGACAAAAAAAAUUAUUUUAAAAAAUCCAAACCAAGGUCGAUAAAAUAAAUUGAUAUAAUUUAUUCGUGUUUAUUAUGAUGAAAUUAUGAAUGUAAAAUAAUCUAAGAUUAAUUAAUGACAACUGAUUUUUUUU